AACGCCCCCUAGGGGAAUAUUUAUUUAUGAAUUGAUCUGGGUCAUUGAGGCGCUUGAAAGUUAACGCAUGCGUAAUAAUGUCGAUUAGUAAUAAUAAAUUAACUUACCGCUACGCGCGAUUCUAUCCAGUUUCCUGCCUGUAUAUGACACUUAUACACAAUAUAUUACAAGCACCAUGGCAUGGGAUGGUAGAAGGCCCGGAAGAAGGACUUUUGUACAAUGGAUCAGGCUCUACUAUAGUGUCGUCCAAAGAAGUAUCGGAAAAUAACUCGCUCAGUAAUGCAGCAGUUUCUGGCCUAAUUCCUCGUUCAGACCGCGGUCUUUGGCCAGGUGGAAUAAGGUCUUCGUAUGAAGAUGAGGAUAAUAAAAGGGGAUUGUCUACAGAGCCCAAAGGUACAGAUACAGCGGGUUCAUCAACAUCAACUGCUUCUACAUGAUCUUCCCCUGUAGAGCUUCUCUCAUUGCUGCUCGCAUCCUUCAAUUCUGGCUGAAGGGUCCAAUUACCUAUGUUACUGACUACUGGACCAGGCCACGAAUCGAAAAGUGGUGUGGUGUACUGAUACUCAGGGGGCCCUGCCAGUGUGUACACUGACCUCAAGAGGUCAAAAAAGGCCUGGUACCUAUGUCCUUUAACCUCUGACCUCCACAUCACCUCGGCAAGAUGCCCUUCCCAUUGUGUGGCUUGUGUACCGGACAUUCGACGGAAAUAUUCCUUGGCAUGCUUCCAAGCACCCUCAAUU